AUGGCCUUCCUGAAGAAUGCGAUCCCUCUUGCUCGCCGAGCCCUGUCCUCCGCGGCAGGCUCGGCGCAGCCUCGGAAGGUGGCGGUUCUUGGUGCUGGUGGCGGCAUCGGACAGCCACUUAGUCUUCUGAUGAAGUCGAGUCCGCUUGUAACGGAUCUGUCGCUGUACGAUGUGGCGGGUACUCACGGUGUGGCUGCUGACAUCAGCCAUAUCUGCUCCAACGCCCAGGCGAAGGGCUAUCUCGGCAACGACGAGCUUUCCGGAGCUCUGGAGGGCAGCGAUCUGGUGCUGAUCCCCGCUGGCGUGCCACGUAAGCCGGGCAUGACGCGGCAAGACUUGUUCAACAUCAACGCAGGCAUCGUGAAGGGCCUGUGCGAAGCCAUCUCCAAGCACUGCCCCACGGCGGCGGUGGGCAUGAUCAGCAACCCCGUGAACUCCACCGUGCCCAUCGCGGCGGAGGUGUUCGCCAAGGCGGGCACGUACGACCCCAAGAAGCUCUUCGGCAUCACCACUCUCGACAUCGUGCGCGCGCGCACCUUCUACGCGCAGGCCAAGGGGCUCAACGCGGAAGUCACUGAGAAGCUUUUCGGCAUCACCACUCUCGACAUCGUGCGCGCGCGCACCUUCUACGCGCAGGCCAAGGGGCUCAACGCGGAAGAUGUGAGGAUACCGGUGGUGGGCGGCCACGCUGGCGCCACCAUCAUUCCGCUCUUCUCCCAGGCGACGCCCUUCGUGGAGCUGACGGACGAGGAGAGGGAUCAGCUGACCAAGCGCACGCAGGACGGAGGCACGGAGGUGGUGCAGGCCAAGGCGGGCAAGGGCUCCGCCACGCUCUCCAUGGCUUACGCAGCGGCAGUGUUCGCAGACUCGCUCCUCAAGGCUAUGAACGGCGCCCCCAACGUCGUUGAGUGCACCUAUGUGGAGUCAAAGCUCACAGAGGCGCGCUUCUUUGCCUCCAAGGUGCGCCUGGGUCCCAAUGGAGCAGAGGAGAUCCUUCCCCUGGGCGAUCUUCUCCCCUAUGAAGAGAAGGCCAUUCAGCGCGCCCUGCCCGAGCUCCUCGAGUCUAUCCAGGCUGGUGUGGACUUCGUUAAGAACGCCUAA